GGCAGGUUAGAAAUGAAGGUGAACUGAUUUUUUUCCCAGCGUGUCGGAGCAGUGAGAGGAAGGAGCAUGACAGUGUCGGCAGGAGUGAGCAGUGAGCAGAAGUCGCAUCAAGCAGAGCGCUCUGCAUUCCCAUGACGCGUGCGUAAAAGACGCGCAGCUAUUUACGCGACGCGCACAAUCUAGUUGUCAAAAUAGCGCAAGUGGCAAUCUUGGAUACUUCUUCGAGUGCAUGUGAAACUUUUUAUAUCGAAGUGAAAAAGACUGCUGAGUGACUGAGCGAGAAGAUCCACGAGUGGGGAAAAUGGACCCUCUAUUUGAUGGCGCGGACGAAGUCAACUGGACCACGAGCUCCAACGACACUAACAACGGGACCGUGUACUGGAACCAAUUUGUGCAACCGGCGUGGAGAAUAUUCCUGUGGGCCUUGGCCUACUGCUGCAUAGUCCUCGUGUCGGUUGUUGGCAACGUGACGGUUAUUUGGAUUAUUAUGGCGCACAAACGCAUGAGGACUGUCACCAACUAUUUCCUGCUCAACCUGGCGUUUGCCGAAGCCUCCAUGUCAGCCUUCAACACGGUCAUCAACUUCAUCUACGCCGUGCACAACGAGUGGUAUUUCGGACUGGUCUACUGCCGCUUCCACAACUUCUUUCCCAUCGCGGCUGUGUUUGCCAGCAUCUACUCCAUGACCGCCAUCGCCCUGGACAGGUACAUGGCUAUCAUCCACCCUCUCCAGCAGCGCAUGUCAUCCACAGAGACCAAGAUAGUUGUGGGUGUGAUCUGGGUCCUGGCUCUGCUGUUGGCCUUUCCUCAGUAUUAUUACUCCAACAUUGACCAGCUCCCUGGCCGGGUGGUGUGCUACAUUGACUGGCCUGAAUACACAAUAUGUGACUUCAGAAAAAUGUAUUAUGUGUGUGUUGCCUUCCUGAUCUACUUCCUCCCUUUGUUGGUGAUGGGCUGUGCUUAUCUCGUGGUGGGACUCACUCUCUGGGCCAGUGAAAUCCCAGGAGACUCUUCUGAUCGCUAUAAGGAGCAACUGACUGCCAAACGCAAGGUGGUGAAGAUGAUGAUUGUGGUGGUGUGUACUUUUGCUAUCUGCUGGCUACCCUACCAUGUAUACUUCCUCCUGCAUCAGUUUUUUCCUGAUAUGUUUGAGGAAACUUUUAUCCAGCAAGUGUAUUUGGGCAUCAUGUGGUUGGCCAUGAGUUCCACCAUGUACAACCCGUUCAUCUACUGCUGCCUCAAUGACAGGUUCCGUGCAGGUUUUAAACGAGCUUUCCGCUGCUGCCCUUGUGUCCCUCAAAACUCAUACGAAGGCCUCGAACUCAAGUCUACUCGCUACGUUCAAACUCAGACGAGCGUUUACAAGACAAGCCGGCUGGAGACCACCGUGUCAAGUGUAGUCCAGACAGGGGAUGAAAUGGAGCAGUCGAAGACCAAAGCUACGGUCGAUCCAGAACCUGUUGGGGAGGGCCAACAAACCUUUUCAGUGGAUCUCACAUCGAAUGGUUCUUCGUCCCGGCGCCUCUCCAAAACCAUGUCGGAAACAUCUAUUUUUUUCUCGCACAGCAACCUCCAAGAGCAGAUGUUAAACACUGGGAGCUUUCUGUCAGACAGUCAGGAGAUAAUUUGAGUCACUAACUGAUGAAACUUGUACACGUAAAAAAAGAUAGCACGAAUGUACGAGCGACUGUGAACGAUUUGAUUUACACUGGAACAUCAUUUGCAUGUGAGAAAUCUUAUCCACUGCGCAUGGUCCUUCUUAACCCAGAAUUCUCUGGUACAGAGGAGUUGGGCUACUUGGCAGGACCGAACGACAUGACUGGAAUCCACUUUGAAAGUUGAGCACUGGAGCAGACACGGUGCUUCGGUCUUUCACAGGUUCUGCUUGUAACAACAGCCUUCUCUGAUUGCACAUGGAAAGUUCCCACAUUUUCAAUCCCACAAGCUUUACGACUUCACACAGUCUAUUUUGGAAUUGAGUUAGAAAUCAGCACGCCGAAAAUACACACCGUUGUCUGCAAAGCAACAAAGCUGGAAGAACUCAGGUUCUUUGGAGAGGAAAGUGCAUUGUUCUCAUUUGAACUUUCUCAUCAGAUGGCCAAAAUCUGCCCAAGCAGGAUUUUCUCAACGCUCACAUGUCAAGAAUGAGCACAUGUCUUAAGAUCAUGGAAGCACCAACAGGUGCUGCUGAAUGUUCUGCACAGUCAUGACUCAUCUUUUACCAGGCAAAACCCUGACUUGGACUAGUUGCUUCCUUCUUCUUUGCAUCAUUGAGAUGCUCCCGAGACUAUUUAUGGGCCGAGGCAAACCUUGAAUGGUAAAAACAAACACAAAAGAUGAAUUUCUGUUUUGAAACUGUGCAGUGCAGCCCAGACACUGAAGGGAAGCUCCACAUUGAUUUAUGUUUCUGACUAAAGUAACAGAAAUUGUGUAUUUCCCCACAAUUUUCUGACUGAUCUUCUGUGUACUCAACACCACCUUGAUACACGCAAUCUUUUCCUCUUUGCUGUAGCAUGCUGGGUGUACCGCAUCCCAUUUCUCACCUAUUAUUACAGUCGACCCUUGGAACUAUAACAGUGUGCCUGUUGUAGAGCUCAGGAAUAGAAUUCUAAUCUUGAGAAAAAUAUGAUCUAAAAUUCUAAAAAGCAAGAAUCUCAAAGUUGAAGAAAAUGGGGCGACAAAGGAUCAAACUGACUUUUUCAUAUUUGUAUACACUUGUACACUUUUCCUUAGAGUAUCAGUAAUGAUAAAAGAUGAAAAUCCUGUGUUCACAGUUUUGAUUUUGUAAUCAGUUUUAUCAUUAGACCAAAAAUCAAAGAGAUGCUUACUGCGCCUUGAUGACUGUUAGACACCGUCUCUGGCUAUAGUGUGGAGUGGCUUGUGUGGGUUUUCUUUGCGUAAUCUAAGUUGGGCAUCGUUUGAAUUUGAGCGAUUCCGGUCCCGAUUCUUGUUCCAAACGAUUCUCGAUUCCAAUCCUUUGAGGUGGGCUGGGUCAAAAUAGUUUGCAUGGUUUAAAUAAGGGGUGUCCAAGUUAUGAACAUCCAUUUUUAUAAGCAGCCCCCAGCAUAGACUAAAAUUAACAUUUUACUCGGGGUUCUUUAUAAGUAAUAUCAAUAUAAAAACCUAUUAAAAAAAAGUCAGUGUGUGGAACUAAUGAAAUUGACUUGAUAUUCAUUAAUUUUUGUUUCACAUACAUUUUAAAUAUAGCAAUGUUGAAAUAGUUAUUUGUAAUUCUUUUAGCAUGUGAAAUGUUUUAGAUAUGCAAGUUUUAGCUUGACUUCCUGUUUUCAGCUUGUAACCUUUUAUUUUAAAGGGUACACACAGGAAGUCAGUGUUUUGGGACAAAAAGUAACGUCACACAACAGUGGUGAAUUUCAAAACAGAGUAAACCUAGAUGGCAAGAAAGGGAGGAAUGAAUGGAACCAAUGCUAUAAAGUUUUAUAAAGCAUAGCGACCGAUAAGGCACAAGGUUAAUGUUUGUGUUACUAUGAGAUGUUUAUGUAAAUUUUGUCCCCAUUUCUUGUGAUGUAAGGUUGCUAGUUUGACAUUAGAGGUUUAGCUCAAUGCUAAUCUUAUUUUCUGUCAUCAGUUCUUAUGUUCGUUUGAAGACUAAAAUUAAUGCUAAAAACCAUGCAAAAGUGCAACUCAUGGUAUAACUUGUUAGCAGCCUCAAUGUUGGCAUAGACAUAUUUUAUUGUAUUGACUUCGCUGAAGUGCUGCACAAUGUAAGCUGAAGUUCAUAGAGGGCGGGACCAUGUCAGACCUUGAUACAUUGUGCAAGCGUCCUUUUCUUAUUCCAAGUGUUGGGGUAAGACGACUAGUCAUUUAUGUUAACUAAAUUAAGGGGCACUUUUGUUGGCCUCGGCCGUCGGGCUCGAGCUUAUCUUUGUGCACGUUUUUCUCCAUUGGUUUUCAACACUCUUCUUUAAGGUCAUUGGAUUGUAGAUAUCAAAACUGGGAACACAUUUUUUUCAAUUCUGGGAGAAAUGAAUCGUUCAGCCCCGUUUCAAGCAGUUCUUCAUUAUUGAUGCCUCCUCACACAUUUGAAAAGCAACCCUGUUAGGUCAAUUGAAAACUUUAAAAUGCCCUAAGUGUGAACAUGAGUGAGGCUGUAAUGGUUGGUUGGUUGUUGGUUGUUGGUUGCAAUUGACUGGCAAACAUUCUAUGGUAUAGGCCACCUCUCACCCCAAGUUACCCGUGAUGGGCUCCAGCUCACUCAACUCAACUGAUGAGGGACAGCCCUGUAGAAAUAUGGAUGGAUAUGAUGUAAUAAGUCGGCACGCUGGUUGACUGGUUAGCACAUCUACUUCACAGUUCGGAGGACCUGGGUCCAAAUCUAGCCUCGCCUGUGUAGAGUUUGUACGUUCUCACCCUGCCUGUCAUGGGUUCUUCGCAUAUCACCAAAACAUGCAUAGUAGGUUAAGUGGGGAUUUGAAAUUGCCCGUACGUGUGAAUGUGAGUGCAAAUGGUUGUUUGUUUCUAUGUGCCUGCAAUUGGAUGGCGACGAGUUAAGCGUGUACUCAACCUCUCGCCCGAAGAUGGCUGGGACAGGCUCUCGCGCACCUCCAACCUUACUGAGAAUAAGGUGUACGGAAAUUGAAUGAAUGAUGUAACAAAAUUCUAGCAAUGAUAUACAUUUAAAGGCUACUAUGGACUGUGCAGUUUUCAUACAUGUGCAGAAGUGAACCACACGAGUGUUUAAGGUAUGAGGGCCAACUGUAUUCCUCAGGGUUGUUUGUUGAGUCUUGUUUAGUAAUUGUAAAAAGAUAUGUCCAUGGUGCUUAUCAAAGUCAGUCUAAACCACGGGUGCGCAAACUGUGACGCACGGACCGGAUGCAGGCCAUGACAUUCGUUGAUCUGGCCCUCAUUAUCACAAAUCCUGAGAUAA